UCUUCUGCCCCACUGUGCGCCAGCCAGCGCGAAAUGAUUCUCAUGCCGAACUUUGGUGUCGUUGUUGCAGGCCCGCCGCGGACGGUGCACCUCCUCAACAACUCGGAGCAGCCCGCCACCGUGUUCAGCAUCCUGGAGUCGGGGCAGAAGCAGGUGCCGCUGGUGUCGGACCCCCUGUUCAUGGACCUCAUGAAGAAGCUGGCCUCCGUGUACACGGGCAAGCAGCAGACGCGCAUGGAGGCGAAGGGGCCGCGCUUCGAGGUGGCCGACUUCCUCGUCAAGCUGGGCACCGUCACCAUGAACCAGAACUUCAAGGGGGUGCUCGUCGAGGUGGAGUACAGACCCUGUGUUGUACCUGCGUACUGCUGGGAAUUAAUCAGGGAGUUUAUGCAAGGAUUUCUCGGUACAUGUGCACCAGCUCAAGCCCCUGUUUACCUACAGAAUCGUAUGCAAGAAAUCUACCAGCCGCUUGACACAAUUCAACAGUACUUAGAACAAUUCCGAGAAUACAGGAAAGCAGUAACAGUUCGAUAAAUGUGCUACUUCACUGAUUAUUUUGUAUUUUCCUUGUGUUGUAAGAUAUUUCAUUUUAUUUAACUUCGUACCUUAUCUCAAAGUAAACACUCUAGGACUUUUUAUGUUAAAAAAUAAUAAAAGUAAAAAGUAAAAAAAAA